AAGAGGUAGAAGAGCCACUCAAAAAACCCCACAUCCCCUUUCCCAGUUUCCCUCUCUCUCUCUCUCUCUCUCUCUCUCUCUUUGAGAACUACUUGGUUCAAUUUUUUCUGUCUAAUUAUAGGAAGAUGGACAGCCAGCGUAGUCCUCUUCUCAACUUGGUUUACUACUGCCAAGGGAAGACCAUGGAAGAGCUAAGACAUACCCUUUUGUACACUACUCUGGAGCUUGAACAAACGAAGUUGGCAGUUCAAGAGGAGCUUAGAAAGAGAGAUGAUCAAUUACUUCAUCUCAAAGAUCUGCUUGACAAAACCAUCAGAGAAAAAGAUGAAGCGCAAGAGAAAUGUCAAAAACUCUUCCUUGAGAAGCUUUUAUUCCAACAACACCAAUACCAACACCAACAACAGGCAGCUCCUCUCUCAGGAAUUUCCAGCAUUGAAGAUGAACCCAGAAGAGGAAUUGACUCCAACAAUGGCUUCUCAUCCUCAGAUUGUGAGGAAAGCAUUGUUUCCUCUCCAAUUGUUGACCCAAUUCCACCACCCCAAUUGCCUCCUCCAUCACAAUCAUCACUAGAGCUAGUGCCUGAGAAGCCAUUACCUGAAAAAGGUAAGCUUUUACAGGCAGUGAUGAAAGCUGGUCCACUUCUUCAAACUCUACUUCUAGCUGGACCACUUCCUCAGUGGAGACACCCACCACCACCACUUGAAACCUUUGAAAUUCCUCCUGUCACCAUUCCUUCAGCAACAGCACCACCACCACCAACACCACCACCACCUCCACCACAACUCCUCCACCAAGACUCUUUGUUCAACAUUAAUGGUUGCAACACUCUCACCAACUGUGGAAGAGUCAAUAGAAAAAGGGUUCUUUAUGAAGGCUCUGAUUCCCCUACAGAGACCAAAUACCAAAGGCUUGUUCUGCACUGACUACAAAUUUAAACAGUAAUCCCCAUAUUUGCCAUUAUAAUUUUUAGAAUUUAAUACUACUAUAGUAUAGGCUACUGAGCAGAUUAAAUUGCAAGUUGGGUAUGUGACUGAUCUAGCAUUUUGUACAGAAGUUUGUUCUAGACAAAAGAACCUAUCCCAAGUUUUUUUUCUUUUUUAAGUUUUUUUUUUUUUUUUUUUUUUUUUUUUUUUUUUUUUUUUUUUUUUUUUUUAACUCGCUGAAGAGAAGAGAAAGAGCUUAAUGUUCUAGGCUACUUUCUACCGGGUAUUUCGGGUGGAGAUUUUUGUCUCCUUUUUUUUUUCUUCUUCACAUUUUUAGUUUUUACCCCUAUGAUGUGAAAGGGGGUUUGAUUUCUCUAAUGUUUCUGUGUGAUUAAAAUUGUAACUCUGAUAGUAUAGCUCAGCACGCGCCUCUGUGUGUGUGUGUGUGUUUGUGUGUGUGAGUGAGCGAGUGAGAGACAGAACAGAGAGAGAUAGGGAUUACUACAUGAAACAUUUAAAGCUGAUGGGUGUGGAGUUGUUAAGGUUUUGGAAGAAGGGAUAGGUAUGGUUAACAACCAGAAAGGGUUAGAGAGAGCCUUGCUUGUCGGGGGUUUGAGUGGAACCCACAAAUCAGAAUCAGGAUCUACCACUUUGGUGUGAUGUAUGAUUUUAUUAAUGCAAAGUAUAGUUUGAUUA